AUGGCUUCGCCACAGGAACAGGCUUCGCUUUCAGAUCUUGUACUUUUUCAGGCUCAGCAAAUGACGCAGCUGCUUGCUGCCAUAAAUGGACUGGUCACACUAAAAACUGCAGCUACUUCGGUGCCUCGGACGUCACCGCCUGUACCGACGCCGUCGCCGACGGCACCGCCAUUUCGUGCCUUCGGUCCUGAUGUUGAACAAUUGGAGGCUUCGCGGCCGCCGCCGCCGCCGCCACCGCCGCCGCCCAUGGAGGUCGUUGCUCCCCCUCAUCCGAGCAUACCCAGUAGCGGUGCACGGCCUGGGCAGGUUUUCCACAGGGCGUUUUCCUCGCCCCCUCGCGAGCAAUUCGGGAUCACGGGUGGACAGCGUGCCCUGGCAGUUCCGCUGUCCGCCCCCUCAGCUGCGCCGCCCCUAGGUCCUUCCACCCGCCGUCGAAAGCCAUACUCAACGAUGCCCGAACGACGCCAGGAGCUAGCUGUAUGCUUCACAGGAGCCAGCCCGUAUGACAGAGCAGAAGGCUGGCAGCCGCGGAGCAGCGGCAGCUCACCUGCCAGAGGUUUCGGCUUCCACACGCAGCAACCGGAGCUGCUCGCCCGCGCGCCCUUAUAUCACGCGAACGGCGAGGACGCGGCCGGAGACCGGGUGCGCCGCGUCGCCACGGCGCCGUAA